AUGCCACCACCACCUCCUCCCCCGCCGCCGCCGCCGGGAGGUUUGGGCGGUCCUCCUCCGCCGCCUCCUCCAGGAGGACUCCCAGGCAGACCUCCAAAAGGACAGGCCAAAGACCGAGGCGCACUUCUUUCCGAUAUUCACAAAGGUACCAGGUUGAAGAAAGCUGUUACCAAUGACCGAUCAGCACCUGUCGUCGGGAAAUCAGGAGGUGGCUCAGCGGCUCCUCCUAUCGCGAGUGCACCGCCUGUUCCUGGUGCAAGGGCACCUCCAAGCGGGCUUGCGCCGCCUGUGCCUUCCGGGCCGGCCGCGAACCGAUUACGCAGCAAUAGCGAAGGAGUCUCCGGCGCAGAUAGUGCGGCUGGCGCAACACCGCCUCAGUUAGGGGGCCUCUUUGCAGGUGGAAUGCCGAAGUUACGCAGUCGUGGAGGUGUCGAUACGGGCGCUACUCGAGACUCACCAUAUAUGUCUGAUACCGAAGGUGCACGUCGACCCCCUGCUGCUCCAGCCCCCAAGCCUCCCACAGCCCCCCGACCCCCUGGGGGCAGGCCACCCCCUCUUCCUCCUUCAAUGGAUUCUCCGCCCGCACCACCGGUCAAUCAUUUGGUUGCCGGCUUGAAGAAGCCUCCCCCGCGUCCUAUCUCAAGAGCCUCAUCCACGGUCUCGGCGCCAACUGCAAAGGCUCCAGACGUGCCACCCCCACGUGCACCCCCUCCACCUCCAGCACCGGCGCUGGAUCCAAGCGCUUAUACACUUUCCAAUGGUGGAUCGCCUGCACCAGCCUCACGCAGCCCCUCAGCACACGGCCCAUCAGCUCAUGGCCCAGUCCGAAUAGAAGACGUAAGAUUCAAGUUCCAAAGUGAUGGGCUGCUCUCCAAACCACGGCAGUUUGUUGGUGGAGUCCGCCGAUACCGCGCCGGAAGGGGCAGCAGUGUUCCAUUGGACUUGAGUGCUUUGCGUGGAUGA